UCUUCCAAACAGCAACUUUUCCCCAUUCCCGUGCAAAAUCCCUUCCCCUGUUUCUGUAUAUCGUUUCGCGAACUUUCAAUUUCUCUUUCUCGCCAACCUCUCACCGCCGAUCACCGCCGUAUAUCUCCACUACCCGCCCUAUCGGUCUCACAAGGUUCGACGUUAACUCUUGCUUCAAUCUCCCAAAAAAAAAAAAAAGAAAAACCUUUUUCGAUUCUUCUUUGCCACCGGCAAUUUCUGUAAUUUCGGGGGAUUCAAGUCAUAUUUUUUCAGAAAUUCAAAAUUCAAAAUGUAACUGGAAUGUUUUAUGUAGGUUUCACGAUAUUCACAAAAUUGAUUAAGCAGCUAAUGAAGUAUGGGAUUCUCACCCAUUUGACGGGGUGCUGAUAGUCCACUUUAUGAAGUAUACCUUAUUUAGAAGGAUACAAGAAAGAGAUGAAUUUCCAGCGUAUGUCGGGGCAGAUUUCAGGGCAGGUUCCAAAUCAAAGUGGCACUUCUUUGCCUGGGCUAGCCCAGCAGAAUGGAAAUCCUUUUCCUAUGCAGAUGCAAAAUCCAGGCGUCCAUCAUACUAUGCCCAACUUGGAGUCUGAGUUCUUGAAAGCUCGCAAAUAUAUUUCACGGAAGAUCUAUGAGUAUUUCAUGCGGCGGCAGCAGCAAGCCCAGGAGAUGCAACCACAGAGGGUUGUAGAUCUAGUUAAACGCCUGGAGGAGAGCUUGCUUAAGACUGCUUCGUCAAAGGAGGAGUAUCUGGAUCUAUCUACUCUGGAAAACCGAUUACUUGCCCUGUUUAAACGCCUUCCUAUGAAUAAUCAUAACCAACAAUUUUCCAAGAUUAAUUUGUCAACCUCCAUUGGUACAAUGAUACCAACUCCAGGCAUGCCUCGAAGUGUGAAUUCGUCCCUUAUUGGGACAUCAUCUGUCGACAGUUCCGUGACUGGUGGAAGUACUAUUCCAUCCUCUGCAGUUAACUCUGGAAGCUUCGUGCAGACAACCGAUUUGCCCUCUGGCAGUAUACAUGGCCCCUUGGCAAAUGGAUAUCAACAGUCUACAUCCAAUUUCUCGAUCAAUUCUAGUGGGAACAACCUGGUACCAUCCAUGGGUGGAGAAAGAAUAACAAGCCAAAUGAUUCCCACUCCUGGGUUUAGUAAUAGUAAUAAUUCCAAUAGUAAUACCAGUGUACCGUCUUACAUCAAUUUGGAAUCAUCUAAUAGUGGUGCUGCCUUUUCUGGCGUUGAUUCCACAACUGUGUCACAGCCACUACAACAAAAGCAGCAUAUUUCUGGUCAAAACAGCCGUAUACUGCAUACACUUGGCAGCCAUAUGGGUGGUGGAAUCAGGUCAGGAUUGCAGAAUAGAUCCUAUGGACAGUCAACUGCACCUCUGAAUGGGGGGCUUGGAAUGAUUGGGAAUAAUUUGCAGCAUUUGAAUGGUCCUGGAGCCUCUGAGGGCUAUACAUCAGCGACCAUGUAUGGAAACUCUCCAAAGUCGUUAUCUCAACAUUUUGAUCAACAUCAACGACCAGUAAUGCAAGGUGAUAGAUAUGGUAUUAGCAACAGUGAAACUUCAGUGUCUGGAAACUUGUAUGCUCCUGUGUCUUCUGCAGGGACGGUCAUUGGCGAUCAGAGCUCGACUGCUGUAGUCCUACAGUCCAUGUCCAAAGCAAACUCAACUCUGAUGAGCAAUCAGUCGAACUUGACUGCCUCUCAGCAGAUGCCAAAUCUAAAGGUUCAACCUGUCGAUCAAUCGGAGAAGAUGAACUUUCAGUCCCAGCAUUAUCUGGGAGAUGACCAUUUAUCUUCUCGUCAGCAUCAACAAUUACAUCAUCAACAUCGAUUUGCUCAACAUUUAACCCAACAGAAGCUACAAAGUCAGCACCAACAACUUUUGUUAAGGAGCAAUGCUUUUGGUCAAGCUCAGCUGCCAUCUAAUCCUGGUACUCAAGUAAAAUCUGAACCUGAAAAUCAUGAUGAUGCCCAGCGCUCACAGAUCUCUGCCGAGCAAUUUCAGUUUUCUGAUAUGCAAAAUCAGUUUCAACAGAAUACUGUUGGAGACCAAUCUAAAGCAUUGCAGGGUCAAUGGUAUCCCAAGUCUCAUGAUGGGUCUCAGAUACCAGGUAGCUUCUUUGAACCGAAUGCACAAGAGGAAUUGUGUCAGAGAACUUCCACACAAGAGGAAGCUCAGCCCAAUAAUUUAUCUACAGAGGGGUCUUUGGCCAGUCAAUCUGUUACUAAUAGAGCAGUUGAAACCAAUAAUUCAAGCAGUACGAUAUGCAGAUCUGGUAACGUUCCUCGGGAACGACAGUAUCUUAAUCAGAAGAGGUGGCUGUUGUUUUUGAUUCAUGCACGUCGAUGUUCUGCUCCUGAAGGAAAAUGUCCUGAAAACAAUUGCAUACAUGCACAAAAACUAUUGAGGCAUAUGGAAAGAUGCAUUAAAUUUGAUUGCCCAUAUCCUCGGUGCCCUGAAACAAAGGUUUUAAUAAAUCACCAUAAGCAUUGCAAGAAUGAAAACUGUCCCGUUUGCAUUCCUGUUAAGAAAUUUCUACAGGCACAUCAAAAAGUGUGUGCUCGUCCUGGCUAUAUGUCUGAUAUGGCAAAUUCUCUCAAUGGUACUUGUAGAACCUAUGAUGCUGUUGAAACUGCUUCUAAGUUCACUGCCAAGACGAGUCCAUUGGCAUUUGAAACUCCAGAAGAUUUGCAGCCUUCUCUUAAACGCAUGAAAAUAGAGCCAUCUUCUCAACCUCUUGUCUUGGAAUCUGAAAAUCUUGUGCCAGUUUCGGCCGGUGAGUCUAAUGUUUUACAAAAUGCUCAGCUUGUUGAACAGAAUGAUGCUGUGGCAAUGAAGACUGCAGACACUGAAGUAAAGAGUGAAACUCUUGCAAAUGCUGUGCAAGUUAACCCUGGUAGUACUGGUAUAGCAAAGGAUAGUUUGGAUGAUACAUACACUCAAAGGCUUGCUGGUGAUUCUGUUGCAUCAAGUACUCCAGCUUGUCUUGUGAAGCAGGAAAAUGUUAAUGCUGACAAGGACAUAGAUCAGCCUAAACAGGAUAAUACAUCAGCGCCUUCUGAAAGUACGAGUGGAUCCAAAUCUGGGAAGCCUAAAAUAAAGGGUGUCUCAAUGAUGGAACUUUUCACCCCAGUGCAAGUCCGGGAACACAUUAAAGGUCUGAGACAAUGGAUAGGCCAGAGCAAAGCGAAAGCAGAAAAAAAUCAAGCAAUGGAGCAUUCUAUGAGUGAAAAUUCUUGUCAGUUAUGUGCAGUUGAGAAGCUAACUUUUGAACCUCCACCCAUAUAUUGUACUCCAUGUGGUGCUCGUCUUAAACGUAAUGCGAUGUAUUAUACCAUUGGAGCUGGUGAUACACGGCACUACUUCUGCAUUCCAUGCUAUAAUGAGGCCCGUGGAGACACCAUUGUUGUUGAUGGAACCACCAUUCCAAAAGCGAGGAUGGAGAAAAAGAGAAAUGAUGAGGAAACUGAAGAAUGGUGGGUGCAGUGUGACAAGUGUGAAGCUUGGCAACAUCAGAUUUGUGCUUUAUUUAAUGGUAGAAGGAAUGAUGGUGGGCAAGCUGAGUAUACCUGUCCCAAUUGCUACAUAGCAGAGGUUGAAAGAGGUGAGCGCACACCCUUACCACAAAGUGCUGUUCUUGGAGCAAAAGAUCUGCCUCGAACAAUUCUCAGUGAUCAUAUUGAGCAACGAUUAGCUAGCCGGUUGGAGUGGGAAAGGCAAGAAAGAGCAAUGCGUGAAGGAAGAGGUUAUGAUGAGGUUCCUGGAGCGGAAGGACUUGUUGUAAGAAUUGUGUCAUCAGUGGACAAAAAGUUAGAAGUGAAACCACGGUUUCUUGAGAUAUUUCAGGAAGAGAACUAUCCGCUGGAGUUUCCAUAUAAAUCAAAGGUGUUAUUGUUAUUUCAGAGAAUUGAAGGUGUAGAAGUGUGCCUCUUUGGCAUGUAUGUUCAGGAAUUUGGAUCUGAAUGCCUACAGCCAAAUCAUCGCCGUGUUUAUCUCUCGUAUCUAGAUUCUGUUAAAUAUUUCAGGCCAGAGAUCAGAGCAGUGACUGGAGAGGCUCUCCGCACAUUUGUGUACCAUGAAAUUUUGAUUGGAUAUCUAGAAUAUUGCAAAAAGCGUGGUUUCACGAGUUGUUAUAUUUGGGCGUGUCCUCCAUUGAAGGGUGAAGAUUAUAUAUUAUAUUGCCACCCCGAAAUUCAGAAGACCCCAAAAUCUGACAAACUCAGAGAGUGGUAUUUAUCAAUGCUAAGAAAAGCUAAGAAGGAAAAUAUAGUUGUUGAUCUCACUAAUUUAUACGACCAUUUCUUUAUAUCCACGGGAGAAUGUAAGGCUAAAGUUACUGCAGCUCGUCUGCCUUAUUUUGAUGGGGACUACUGGCCUGGUGCUGCAGAGGAUAUGAUUUAUCAACUUCAGCAAGAAGAGGAUGGGAGAAAGCAGCAUAAGAAGGGAACUAUAAAGAAGACCAUAACAAAAAGAGCUCUAAAAGCAUCUGGUCAAUCUGACUUGUCUGGGAAUGUAUCUAAGGAUCUGCUUCUAAUGCACAAACUCGGCGAGACAAUUUCUCCAAUGAAGGAGGAUUUUAUUAUGGUUCAUUUACAGCACGCAUGCACCCAUUGCUGCGUACUAAUGGUAUCUGGAAAUCGUUGGGAGUGCAAGCAAUGCAAGAACUUUCAGCUCUGUGACAAGUGCUAUGAAACUGAGCAAAGACUUGAAGAUAGAGAAAGACAUCCUAUUAAUCAAAAGGACAAGCACACACUUUAUCCAUGUGAAAUCAAGGAAGUACCUCAUGACACCAAGGAUGAAGAUGAAAUUCUUGAGAGUGAGUUUUUUGAUACAAGGCAGGCAUUUUUGAGCCUUUGUCAAGGAAAUCAUUACCAAUAUGAUACCCUGAGGCGUGCUAAACAUUCCUCAAUGAUGGUCCUUUACCACCUUCAUAAUCCCACUGCACCAGCAUUUGUGACAACUUGCAACAUCUGUCACCUUGAUAUAGAAACUGGUCAAGGUUGGCGGUGUGAAGUUUGCCCAGAUUAUGAUGUUUGCAAUGCCUGUUAUAAAAAAGAUGGUGGAAUUGAUCAUCCUCAUAAGUUGACUAAUCAUCCAUCCCUGGCCGAACGUGAUGCACAGAAUAAAGAAGCUAGGCAACUACGAGUUUUGCAGCUUAAGAAGAUGCUUGAACUUCUGGUGCAUGCUUCUCAGUGCCGCUAUCUACAUUGUCAAUAUCCAAACUGUCGCAAAGUUAAGGGGCUUUUCCGCCACGGUAUACAGUGCAAAAUACGAGUUUCAGGAGGUUGUUUACUCUGUAAGAAGAUGUGGUAUCUCCUUCAACUGCAUGCUCGUGCAUGCAAAGAAUUUGAAUGUCGUGUUCCACGUUGCAGAGAUUUGAAAGAGCAUCUGCGGAGGAUGCAGCAGCAAUCUGAUUCUCGGAGGAGGGCUGCUGUCAUGGAGAUGAUGAGACAGCGUGCCGCAGAGGUUGCAAGCGGUUCUGCAUGAAGAUACUGUACAUACUGCAAUAGGCGUCGUGCUUUAGUCUUAUUGGAGGUAGGAGUACAGAAGUAAGGAGGCAUUGGACAAACCUGCUUCGAGCAAACAGGGUGUGUUCAUCCCUGAGAAGAUGCUCUCCCAUGACAAAAGAAACUGGACGUGUCUGGUUGACUAAUGAUUCUUCCUUCUAUGGCACAUCUUUGGAUUACCUCUAUUAUGAUGGUUAUAGAUCCAAGCUUCUUGACAAACUUUCCCUGGAGUAUAGCAUGCCAACGAGCUCAUCCGCCCGUGGCUUAUAGGUGAUUCUUUGAUUUCAUUCUCUUUGCAUUCUACCAAAAGCAGCCAUCAUUUGAUGGCAGAUGUAACAUAGCGUUCCUUAUUUAACUUGAGCUUGCACUACAGAGGGGGCAAAUCAGUUUUUCUUUAGUGAAAUUUUUAGUUCAAGGGUUCUCAAACUUUUCUUCCAUUCUAUGGAUGUUUCCCUUAUUUAAAGAUGCAAGAGUUACAAGUAGCAACUUGCACUUGAUUCAGUUUUGCAAGCCAAAAUGUACACAGUAUGUGUGUAAUUAUUUCCUCAUGUUUUCCUUUUCAAUUGACAACCUUACUUCCCUCCUUACCUUGACCGACAAUAAAUUGGAUUUUUAUUAAUGUUAUCUGACGAGUUUCUAACA